CCGCGUCUGUGUGUGUGUUUUAGCUGCCGUGGGGUUUCCGCCCGUCCGCGUUCUUCCCAGGGAGAGAGUAAGUGAUGAUCAAGCUAGGGAUUGCUCGUCCGCGGAGUGGCGCUGGCUGUAAAUCCUUGCCAGGCGCCUCUUGUUUUGCCGGCAUCGCGAGGUUUGCAGGAAAUCUUGCGCGCUCGGGAAAAUCCAGGUGCUAGAACACGCGGAUUUCCAGUGCAUGCGAGUAAUGCAAGUUGUGGCGCCGGAAAUUUCAUGCUGGGAGGGAGGGAUCGAGGAGCCAGUCCGGCGCUAGCGAGGAGCUUAGAGAGGGUUUCGUUGUUUCUUCUCGGCCGGCUUUAGAGCUUUUGGGGGUGGGGGAUUUUUUGGAUGACAGUCUCCGUGAGGAUGAUGAAGGUCAUGAGAUGGCCGCUGCGGUCGCUCAUGACGAAAAAGUUCUAUGUGACAAUGGUGCUGCACGGGCUGGACAAGCUGCUGGCGGCCGACGACUCGAAAUUCGUGGUGGAUGUCAAGUGGAAGGGGCCGAAACGAUCGUUGGGGCCUCGUUUCCGGAGCGUGAAGAGGGAGCGAAGCGCUGAAGCUGCUGCUACCAUGGACGGAGCGCUGGAGUGGGAGCAAGGAUUUGACUGCGAGUGUACUCUGGCUCUUGCCAAGGAGAAUGGGUUCUACCCAUGGGACGUUUACCUGGUCGUGCGCAAGAUCACUCUUAAUGGGGCCAAGGCCAAGGCGUCAGUCUUUGGCUCGGGAUAUCUGAAUCUUGGGGAGUUUGCUCCUCUAGCUGGGAGUGCACGACAUAGAACCAAAGUUUCCAUUUUGGGGGGCGAAAGUGAGGAAGCGAUUGGUGUCACUUUGAGCUUUGAGGAAGUCCCGGAACCUGUGGAGACCAACUUUAGGAUCAUGGCGCCGGCGAUCCCAUGCAUCUCGCUGUGGGAGAGGGAUGACUUGGGGGAUGGCGGAGAUAAACCGAUGCUGCGUACGAAGAAGUCGCGGGUGGAGGACGCUGCCAUCGACAUCAGAACAAGUGACGAGAGCUCGCAGGAUUCCCCCGAUCGCUUCGAAUCCGAUUCUGUUGACAACUUUGAGGACAGUGACGCUGUCGAUGACGAGGAAUUCACUUCUUUCCGCUAUGGAAGAAUCGCGGGGGCCAACCAGCUGAUAGGAAAGAGCCACGAUCAGAGGGCGUCGAAUGACGAGGAGGUUUUGGUGUUCAAUGGCGGGACAGCGCUAAAGCUGGCGGAGGAAACUUCAUCGUCGGAUUCAGACCAGGCGGCGUCCCAGUCGUCCAUGAGAAGGAUGUUGUCGUGGAGGAAGAGAAAGCUGAGCUUCCGAUCCCCGCGGGCCAGGCGAGGCGAGCCACUUCUCAACAAGGCAUACGGUGACAAUGGAGGUGAUGAAAUCGACUGGGACCGAAGGCAAGCCGAGUCACCAGAAGAGUCUCUUGGAAGCAUGCUCCGACUGAACAACGAGAAGAAGACGGCCAUCGAAGGAACCUGGGAUUUUGGCGAGACGUUUCAAGUAGGCAGCUGGGAAGCGAAAGAGCUGACGAGCCGAGACGGGCAGAUGAUGCUCUCGGCCAGCGUCUUCUUUGCGUCCAUCGAUCAGAGAAGCGAGAGCGCAGCCGGCGAAAGCGCUUGCACCGCUCUGGUUGCCGUUAUAGCCGACUGGCUCCACAGGUUCCCGGCGUUCAUGCCAAGCCGAGCCGAGUUUGAUCUGCUGAUACGCGAAGGCUCGGCCGAGUGGAGGAAGCUGUGCCAGGACGCCACCUACAAGGACCGCUUCCCGGACGGGCAUUUUGAUCUGGAGACCGUGAUCGAGGCGGCGGUCCGGCCGCUGACGGUCGUCCCGGAGAAGUCGUUCGUGGGGUUCUUCCGGCCGGAAGGGCUGGGGGAGUCGAGCGAGUUCCUCGAGGGGGCCAUGUCCUUCGACAACAUCUGGGACGAGGUGGAGCGGUCCGGGCCGGCGGUGUACAUUGUCAGCUGGAACGACCACUUCUUCGUCGUCAAAGUUGACGAGCAGAGCGUGCACAUCAUCGACACGCUGGGGGAGCGGCUGUUCGAGGGGUGCGAUCAGGCGUACGUUCUCAAGUUCAACGAGGCAGCGCGGCUGUCCUUCGUGCCACCGGCGGAGGCAGCGGCUCCAAAACAGGAGCAAGGAAGUAGCAGCGGCAGUGGCAGCGACAGAGAGAGCGACGAUGGAAAGAAAGAUGAGGCGGCAGCAGCAGCAGCAGCAAAGAAGGAUGAUUCUCAAAAGGAGUCCGAGGAAGCAAAGCAGGAAGAACAGGCUAGCGAGGAAGCGGAGAAUAGCGAGAGGAAGAUGAGGGAGUUCACCGGAAGGAACGCGUGCAAGGAGUUUGUCAAAGGCUUUUUGGCGGCGAUUCCACUGGGGCAAUUGCAGAGUGACGUGAAAAAGGGGCUGGUUGGAAAGGACCAUCUCCACCGGCGGCUGCAAAUCGAGUUCCAUUACACUGAAUGCAAGGUACGUGAGAAAAAUGCUAGUGCUGCUAUUUCUAUUGUCAACAGGGAAACGCAGGCAUGAGAAAAGAUAGCGAAGAAAAGAAAAAGGAAAGAAAGGCACAAAGGUGCUUACCCGGUACUGUAAAGAGAUUGUCUUGUAAUCUACAUACACAGUUGUUGAUAA